GACAGAGCUGUUGAAAAGUGGCGACGGUUUCAUUAUGACAUGAAGGUAUUUAAUCAGUGGCUGACAGAAGCUGAGCAGUUUCUCCGAAAGACACAGGUCCCUGAGAACUGGGAACAUGCCAAAUACAAAUGGUAUCUUAAGGAACUCCAGGAUGGCAUUGGGCAGCGGCAAAUUGCUGUCAGGGUACUGAAUGCUACUGGGGAAGAGAUAAUUCAACAGUCCUCAAAAACAGAUGCCAGUAUCCUACAAGAGAAAUUGGGAAGCCUGAAUCUGCGGUGGCAGGAGGUCUGCAGGCAGCUGGCAGAAAGAAAAAAGAGGCUAGAAGAACAAAAGAAUAUCUUGUCAGAAUUUCAAAGAGAUUUAAAUGAAUUUAUUUUAUGGUUGGAAGAAGUGGAUAACAUUACUAGUAUUCCACCUGAAACUGGAAAUGAGCAGCAGCUAAAAGAAAACCUUGAACAAGUCAAGUUACUCGUGGAAGAGUUGCCCCUGCGCCAGGGAAUUCUAAAGCAAUUAAACGAAACAGGAGGAACAGUGCUUGUCAGUGCUCCCCUAAGCCCAGAAGAGCAAGACAAACUUGAAAACAAGCUCAAGCAGACAAAUCUUCAGUGGAUAAAGGUUUCUAGAGACCUACCUACAAAACAAGGAGAAAUUGAGGCUCACAUAAAAGAUCUUGGAAAGUUCGAAGAGCAAUUAAAUCAUCUGCUGCUGUGGCUGUCUCCUAUUAGGAAUCAGUUGGAAAUUUAUAAUCAACCAAAUCAAACAGGGCCAUUUGACAUUAAGGAAACUGAAGUAGCAGUUCAAGCUAAGCAGCCGGAUGUGGAAGGGAUUUUGUCUAAAGGGCAGCAUUUGUACAAGGAAAAACCAGCCACCCAGCCAGCGAAGAGGAAGUUAGAAGAUCUGAGCUCUGAGUGGAAGGCGGUAACCCAGUUACUUCAAGAGCUGAGGGCAAAGCAGCCUGGCCCAGCCCCUGGCCUGGCCACUGUGGGAACCUCUCCUACUCAGACUGUUAGUCUAGUGACACAACCUGUGGUUACCAAGGAAACUGCCAUCUCCAAACUAGAAAUGCCGUCUACCUUGCUGUUGGAGGUACCUGCUCUAGCAGAUUUCAACCGGGCCUGGACAGAACUCACCGACUGGCUGUCUCUGCUUGAUCGUGUUAUCAAAUCACAGAGGGUGAUGGUGGGUGAUCUCGAAGACAUCAACGAGAUGAUCAUGAAGCAGAAGGCCACGCUGCAGGAUUUGGAACAGAGGCGCCCCCAGUUGGAAGAACUCAUUACUGCUGCCCAGAAUUUGAAAAACAAGACCAGCAACCAAGAGGCCAGGACUGUCAUUACUGAUCGAAUUGAAAGAAUUCAGAAUCAGUGGGAUGAAGUACAGGAACACCUGCAGAACCGGAGGCAACAGUUGAAUGAAAUGUUAAAGGACUCCACACAGUGGCUGGAAGCUAAGGAAGAGGCUGAGCGGGCCUUGGGGCAGGCCAGAGCCAAGCUGGAGUCAUGGAAGGAGGGUCCCUACACAGCGGAUGCAAUCCAAAGGAAAAUCAAGGAAACCAAGCAGUUGGCCAAAGACCUCCGCCAGUGGAAGAUAAACGUCGAUGUGGCCAAUGACUUGGCACUGAAACUUCUCCGGGAUUAUUCUGCAGACGAUACCAGAAAAGUACACAUGAUAACAGAGAACAUCAAUGCCUCUUGGGCAAGCAUUCAGAAAAGAGUGAACGAGCGCGAGGCCGCUUUGGAAGAAACUUACCGAUUACUGCAGCAGUUCCCCCUGGACCUGGAGAAGUUUCUUGCCUGGCUCACAGAAGCUGAAACCACUGCCAAUGUCCUGCAGGAUGCCACCCAUAAAGAAAGGCUCCUAGAAGAUUCCAAAGGAGUAAGGGAGCUGAUGAAACAAUGGCAGGACCUCCAAGGAGAAAUCGAAGCUCACACCGAUAUCUAUCACAACCUGGAUGAAAACGGCCAAAAGAUCCUGAGGUCCCUGGAAGGUUCUGAUGACGCAGUCCUCCUACAGAGACGUUUGGACAACAUGAACUUCAAGUGGAGUGAGCUGCGGAAAAAGUCUCUCAACAUUAGGUCGCACUUGGAAGCCAGCUCUGACCAGUGGAAGCGUCUGCACCUUUCUCUUCAAGAACUUCUGGUGUGGCUGCAACUGAAAGAUGAUGAGUUAAGCCGGCAGGCGCCCACUGGGGGAGACUUCCCAACAGUUCAGAAGCAGAGUGAUGUCCACAGGGCCUUCAAGAGGGAAUUGAAAACGAAAGAACCUGUAAUCAUGAGCACUCUUGAGACUGUACGAAUAUUUCUGACAGAGCAGCCUUUGGAAGGACUAGAGAAACUCUACCAGGAGCCCAGAGAGCUGCCUCCUGAAGAAAAUGCGCAGAAUGUCACACGGCUCCUCCGAAAGCAGGCCGAAGAGGUGAACACUGAGUGGGAAAAAUUGAACCUGCACUCUGCUGACUGGCAGAGAAAACUCGACGAGGCCCUCGAAAGACUCCAGGAACUUCAGGAGGCCACGGAUGAGCUGGAUCUCAAACUGCGUCAAGCGGAGGUGAUCAAGGGAUCCUGGCAGCCCGUGGGUGAUCUCCUCAUCGACUCUCUUCAAGAUCACCUCGAAAAAGUCAAGACACUUCGAGGAGAAAUCGCGCCCCUCAAAGAGAAUGUGAGCCACGUCAAUGACCUCGCUCGCCAGCUCACCACAUUGGGCAUUCAGCUGUCACCAUAUAACCUCAGCACCCUGGAAGACCUGAACACCAGAUGGAAGCUCCUGCAGGUGGCCGUUGAGGACCGCAUCAGGCAACUGCACGAAGCUCACAGAGACUUUGGCCCGGCGUCCCAGCACUUUCUUUCCACUUCUGUCCAGGGGCCCUGGGAGAGAGCCAUCUCGCCAAACAAAGUGCCCUACUACAUCAACCACGAGACCCAGACAACAUGCUGGGACCAUCCCAAAAUGACAGAGCUCUACCAGUCUUUAGCUGACCUGAAUAACGUCAGGUUCUCAGCUUAUAGGACUGCCAUGAAACUCCGAAGACUGCAGAAGGCUCUUUGCUUGGAUCUCUUGAGCCUGUCAGCCGCAUGUGAUGCCUUGGAUCAGCACAACCUCAAGCAAAAUGACCAGCCCAUGGACAUCCUGCAGAUCAUUAAUUGUUUGACCACUGUUUAUGACCGCCUGGAGCAAGAGCACAACAAUCUGGUCAACGUCCCCCUCUGCGUUGAUAUGUGUCUCAACUGGCUGCUGAAUGUUUAUGACACGGGACGAACGGGGAGGAUCCGGGUCCUGUCUUUUAAGACUGGCAUCAUUUCUCUGUGUAAAGCACACUUGGAGGACAAGUACAGAUACCUUUUCAAGCAAGUGGCAAGUUCAACAGGAUUUUGUGACCAGCGCCGGCUGGGCCUCCUCCUGCAUGAUUCCAUCCAAAUCCCAAGACAGUUGGGUGAAGUUGCAUCCUUUGGGGGCAGUAACAUUGAGCCGAGUGUCAGAAGCUGCUUCCAAUUUGCCAACAAUAAGCCCGAGAUUGAAGCGGCCCUCUUCCUAGACUGGAUGAGGCUGGAGCCCCAGUCCAUGGUGUGGCUGCCCGUCCUGCACAGAGUGGCCGCUGCAGAAACUGCCAAGCAUCAGGCCAAGUGCAACAUCUGCAAGGAGUGUCCAAUCAUUGGAUUCAGGUACAGGAGUCUAAAGCACUUUAAUUAUGACAUCUGCCAAAGUUGCUUUUUUUCUGGUCGAGUUGCAAAAGGCCAUAAAAUGCACUAUCCCAUGGUGGAAUAUUGCACUCCGACUACAUCAGGAGAAGAUGUUCGUGACUUUGCCAAGGUACUAAAAAACAAAUUUCGAACCAAAAGGUAUUUUGCGAAGCAUCCCCGAAUGGGCUACCUGCCAGUGCAGACUGUCUUAGAGGGGGACAACAUGGAAACUCCUGUUACUCUGAUCAACUUCUGGCCGGUAGAUUCUGCGCCUGCCUCGUCCCCUCAGCUUUCACACGAUGAUACUCAUUCACGCAUUGAACAUUAUGCUAGCAGGCUAGCAGAAAUGGAAAACAGCAAUGGAUCUUAUCUAAAUGAUAGCAUCUCUCCUAAUGAGAGCAUAGAUGAUGAACAUUUGUUAAUCCAGCAUUACUGCCAAAGUUUGAACCAGGACUCCCCCCUGAGCCAGCCUCGUAGUCCUGCCCAGAUCUUGAUUUCCUUAGAGAGUGAGGAAAGAGGGGAGCUAGAGAGAAUCCUAGCAGAUCUUGAGGAAGAAAACAGAAAUCUGCAAGCAGAAUACGACCGUCUGAAGCAGCAGCAUGAACACAAAGGCCUGUCCCCACUGCCGUCUCCUCCUGAAAUGAUGCCCACCUCUCCUCAGAGCCCCCGCGACGCCGAGCUCAUCGCUGAGGCCAAGCUCCUGCGCCAACACAAAGGCCGCCUGGAGGCCAGGAUGCAGAUCCUGGAGGACCACAAUAAGCAGCUGGAGUCCCAGUUACACAGGCUCAGGCAGCUGCUGGAGCAACCCCAAGCAGAGGCCAAGGUGAAUGGCACAUCUGUCUCAUCUCCUUCUACCUCUCUUCAGAGGUCAGACAGCAGCCAGCCUAUGCUGCUCCGGGUGGUUGGCAGUCAAACUUCAGAAUCCAUGGGUGAGGAAGACCUCCUCAGUGCCCCCCAGGACACAAGCACAGGCUUAGAGGAAGUGAUGGAGCAACUCAACAACUCCUUCCCUAGCUCAAGAGGAAGGAAUACCCCUGGGAAGCCAGUGAGAGAGGACACAAUGUAGGAAGCCUUUUCCACUUGGCAGAUGAUUUGGGCCGAGCGAUGGAGUCCUUAGUUUCCGUCAUGACAGACGAAGAAGGGACG